AUGAUUAAUGCCAUUCGCUGCAUGUCUACCAAGCUUUUUAUUGGCGGACUUUCAUAUGGAACUGAUGACCAUUCGCUUAAGGAUGCAUUUUCUAGCUUUGGUGAUGUUGUUGAAGCUAGAGUUAUUACUGACAGAGACACGGGAAGGUCAAGAGGUUUUGGGUUUGUCAACUUCUCGACUGACGAAUCUGCUAAUUCAGCACUAUCAGCCAUGGAUGGACAGGAACUGAAUGGAAGGAAUAUCCGAGUUAGUCUUGCCAAUGAGAGACCACCUCGCAAUAAUUUCGGUGGAGGAGGUUUCCGUGGUGGAUAUGGUGAUGGGGCGAAUGACGGAUAUUGA